GGACGAUCGCUUCUGGAGAUCUUUGAAUGCGUAUUUAUAAAAACGACUACACACAGACACAGACACAGUCAGCUGGCCCCCGUUCUCUCCUUUCCGACAUUAUGGAAAUUUGAAGUCUCAUAGCAUCUAUCUGCCACUCUUCAUUUCAUUCGUUUCAUUUCAUCAGCCAACAGCAAAGAAUCUGCUGACAGUCGAAUUGAGACAUCAACGACCGUCCUCCGUAUCAGCAGGUAUAUCCUUUGCGUCAAAAGGAAAAAGAAAGGGGCUAGAACUCUGAUGUCCAUCGGAACCCCGGCCUUAUAUCCAUUAAACAUACCAUCCGCCCCGCCCUCAUCCUCAUUCUCUGACAAUAUGAGCGAGCUCGAAUCUGUCUCAAUCGAGAGCGCAACGCAUCGAAGACCGUUUCCAUCCUCAUCUCUCCCUUCCACCCCUUUGCUCAGAUCGACUCCCGCUCUCGAUCAGCAACCCUCACCGACCGAUACCAUCCUCCAGACCCCAGAAUUCAAAGCGACUUCACCGGGUAUAUCUCAACAUGCCCACCUCAAGUCCUUUGCGUCCAUGCCAUCUCCUCUCAUGAUGGACAAGCUCUCGAUCCCUCUCCUCCCUCAUCGAUCGAUCAAGCGCGUCGCAGACCAAUCCCCUCCUCGAACACCCAAAGGCCAUCCUUUGGAGGCAUCUCGCCGGGUGUAUACCAUCUCCAAUCCCUACACUACCACUGCCGCCCGCAUCCUCCGUGUACCUAGACGUCUGCGUCCGCUGGCACUUUUCAGCUUUUGCGCCUUUGUCUUUUGUGUCGUUUACCUCAACCAUGUCAUGUCAACGACCCCGGCUGUUGCACCGGUCGUCCAGCAACAGAGCUACGUUUUUAUGGAAGAAGCGCGAAUCCAACGGGUCCCCACUCGCGUCAGACCUCAUCUUGCCUUUCAAAACACUUACGAGGAGCUCGCAGCCUUGAUCUCGUUUGUCACAUCGACAACCGCCAACAGUCUGCCAGAUCUCAACCCAGAGCGACCCAUCGACCCCAGCACAGUGCUAGACUUUGAUCCCAGUCACGAAAAUGCCCGAGACGAUCUCGAUCUCCUGGUGGAGCACGUGAACACUGUCUAUCCUCUUGUCCUCUUUGGCAAGAUGCGAGAUCCUUGGCACCGAGAGAUCAGGAAGAUCCUGCACUCGUACCGAAUCUAUCCCGAACCCCUGAUCGUCGAUGUCGACCAGCGAAGAGAUCAUCACGUCUUUGUCCCACUCCUGCAGCGGCUCUUGGACACGCCAGAUCUCCCACAAGUACUCAUCCGCGGUCAAGUCAUCGGAUCCUACCACGAGAUUCUGGCCAUGAAGGACUCGGAGACCCUCGUGCCCACUCUGGAAGGGUAUGGCUUGUCAGUCCGUGACUUGAAGAAGCGAAAGGGAGUCAGAGAGAGGGAGAGGGUGGAGAAUGAGAGGAUCCUUGGACCCGCUCCCAUUGAAGAUUUCUAGAGCGACUUUCAAAACGAACGACCUGGGACGGGGGACUGUUCUUCUCUUACUGCAUUUUCCGGCUCCUUUUUAUGAUUACAUGGUUAACGUCUGGCACCUACAAUAUAUCUCAUCUAAUGACCAUUUCUUUCAUGCCCUACAAAAAUAAAAAUUCACCAUCGUUUCAUGCAGUCUGCAUGUCAUCUCGAG